GUGAGAGAGAAAAAAAAAAGAAUCACUUUCCCAAGAAAUCUCUCUCAGAUUCUUUUUUUUGCUUAAUCUUGUUUUCUCUGUGUUCGGAGCUCCAUUCUCACGGCCACCGGUUCUUUGCAACCUUCUUUCACGUAGUAAUAGGUUUUAAAAGCUUUACUGAUGGCUGAAUAUUGCCGGAAAAGAUGAAGAUCACCGGAAAAACGGAUCUACCGGCUAUUCUAUCGUCAAAAGCUCUAAACUUCACCCCAGAUUCGGAUCUUUUACAUAAACCUAUUUCGAGGAAACAAGUAAGUCGAAAAUCGCGGAACCCCGGUAGUGGGGUGCGGUUGAAGAGGGAUGGACUUCGGGCAUCCGGGAAAAGGGGUUCUAGACCGGAGACUCCGUUGCUCCGAUGGAAGUUUAAUGAGGCUAAACAAGAGGAGGAGGAUAAGGAUGCUGAGGUUGAAAGCGAAAAGCUGCCUGAUUCUGGUCGAAAAAAUGGUCUGAAAGCGAGGAGAGGGAAAGAUGUGACAACCGUGUCGGCGAGGAAGUUAGCCGCCGGAUUGUGGCGGUUGCAACUGCCGGAUGUUCGUGUUAACCACGGCGGCGAGUUAUGUAACGUUCCGAAGAGUAAUGGGGUUGUGUUUCAGCCUGCAAUUGAUCAUUCUGGGAUCCAUUCUCCUGCUCGUCAUAUGAGGAAAUCAUUCGAUUCUCAAAUGAAAGAAGUACCACAGAGCCCUAAUUCCGUUACUGGAUCCAGAAAUAAGUUUCUUCACAAGCUUGAACCAACUUUCCACUUUUCAAACUCUGCUAUGGAGGGUGCAACAAAGUGGGACCCAGCUUCAUGGAAGGCAUCAGAAGACGUGAGACGAAUCUUCAGUGAAUCAAAGCAUCUAGAAGAACAAGUAGGUGUCGUGUCAAUGGUAUCAACACUUCAAUCAGAACUCGAACAAUCUCGAUCCCGUAUUCAUGAUCUCGAAAACGAACGAAGAUCAUCAAAGAAAAAACUCGAACAAUUCUUAAAAAAACUAAACGAAGAACGUGCAACAUGGAGAAGCAGAGAACACGAGAAGAUCCGUGCAGUGAUCGAAGAUAUAAAAGGCGAAUUGAAUAGAGAGAGAAAAAACAGACAACGAAUGGAGAUUGUGAAUUCAAAAUUGGUAAACGAGUUAGCAGAUGUGAAAUUGUCUGCUAAAAGAUAUAUGCAGGAUUAUGAGAAGGAAAGGAAAGCAAGAGAGUUGAUAGAGGAAGUAUGCGAUGAACUUGCUAAAGAAAUUGGAGAAGAUAAAGCGGAGGUUGAAGCUUUGAAAAGGGAAUCCAUGAAAAUGAGGGAAGAAGUUGACGAUGAGAGAAAGAUGUUACAAAUGGCAGAAGUUUGGCGGGAAGAGCGCGUGCAAAUGAAGCUUAUUGAUGCUAAAGUAGCACUCGAGGACAAAUAUUCUCAAAUGAAGAAGUUAGUUUCGGAUCUUGAAGAUUUUUUGAACUCAAAGAAUCUUGAUGAAGAAGAAGUAAAACGAGCCGAAAUCCUUAAAGAAACGGCGGAUUCGGUUAAUAUUCAAGAAAUCAGUGAGUUUAAGUAUGAAAAACCGAACCCGGAUGACAUAUAUUCGGUUUUUGAAGAGGUAAGUUUCGGGGACAUGAAUGGAAACGAGAUCGAACAUAGACAUUCUUCUGGUUAUUUUGACCAAAAUGGUCUUAAAGAAGAUGAAGAUGAAGAUGAUGAUGAUGAUGAUGAUGAUGAUGAUGGUGAAGAUGAUGAUGAAAGCGGGUGGGAGACUGUAAGCCAUUUGGAAGAUCAAGGGUCGAAUUAUUCACCCAAUAGGAGCAAUCCAUCUGUCACCAACAACAAUAACAACAAUAGAGAAUGGGAAGAAAAUGACGAGACAACAAUUACCGAAAUCACGGAAGUGUGUCCUGUACCGAGUAAAAACUCGAAAAAGCCCUCAUCAAUCUCGCGGCUUUGGCGAUCAUCGUACUCGAGUAACGGUGGUGAUAAUUGUAAGAUGAUACCGAUUGAUGGUCGGUUAUCAAACGGGACCCACCUCUCGAGCGGUGUGGGUGCGGGGCUUUCACCGGACCGCAGCUCGGGGGUGAGUCUGUCUGAGUGGAGCUCACCGGGGUCAAACGGUCACAUGACGAAAGGUGGGAUGAAAGGAGGGUGCAUUGAAUGGCCACGUGGGGUUAUGCAGAAGAACAGUUUGAAAGCAAAGCUUUUGGAGGCCAGAAUGGAGAGUCAAAAGGUACAGUUGAGACAGGUGUUGAAGCAGAAGAUAUGAAAGUGAAUAAAAAUGUGUAACACUUUUCAUGUGCUCGUGGGUGGGGUUACAACUUUGAUGGAGGACUGGAUUAACAAACGUGGUUUGGAAUGAGUUUUAGGUCCUUUCUUGGAGGUGAUUUGAGAGUACAAUUUUCGACCAUUUUGUUAAUUGAUGUUGAGAAAGGAAGGUGCAAUUGCAAUAUUAAUGUUUUUUUUAUGUUGUAGGAUGGAUUAUAAUGAAUGUGACAUAUGAAAUGAAAAUGGGACCAUGUUUUUGGACUCUUUUUAUGGCCUU